AAUAAUUUGUUAAAUAAUAUGAGUGGAAAGUUAUUUCUUUCAAUAUUUUGUAAUUACCCAAAGAAAUUAUUAGUCAACUACAGUUAUCAAAAGAGUAAUAGGUUAGUGUUAAGUGUUUCAAAUGUUAAUAUUCAGAAAUACUGUACGAAAGCUAAAGUUAAAACUAAAGAGAAGAAACAUUGUAAUAUUGGAACAAUAGGACAUGUAGAUCAUGGUAAAACUACUCUGACAGCGGCUAUCACUAAGGUAUUGUCUAAGGAUGGGUCAGCACAAUUCAUUUCAUACGACGAAAUUGACAAAGCGCCUGAAGAAAAAGCUAGAGGAAUAACUAUAAACGCUGCUCAUGUGGGCUACAGCACUAAGUUUCGACACUACGCACACACAGAUUGUCCCGGCCAUGCAGAUUAUAUUCGUAACAUGAUAUCUGGAGCAUCACAGAUGGAUGCUGCCAUUUUAGUUGUAGCCGCCAAUGAUGGACCAAUGCCUCAGACUAGAGAGCAUUUAUUACUGGCCAAACAAGUUGGCAUACAGUAUAUACUUGUAUAUAUAAACAAAGCGGAUAUUGUUGAUAAUGAGCUUUUAGAACUAGUUGAAAUAGAGAUGCGUGAAAUGUUGUCAGAUUUUGGUUAUGAUGGCGUCACUGUCCCAAUGAUAACUGGUUCAGCACUAAAAGCACUUAAUGAAGAUGAUUCUGAGUAUGGUAUGCCAUCAAUAAGGAAACUAUUAGACGCUAUAGAUAACUACGUGCCCUCUAUCCAGAGAGAUUUGACAUCACCAUUUUUGAUGCCCAUAGAUAAUGCGUUUACAGUGCCCGGCAGAGGUACAGUAGUUGUCGGCACAUUGAAGCAAGGUAUUAUGAAGAAAAAUGACGAUGCUGAAUUGAUGGGAUUUGGGUUUAGUAUUAAAACUACCCUAUCCGAUAUACAAAUAUUUAAGAAGAGUGUUACAGAGGCACUAGCGGGUGAUAAUGUGGGAGUAUUGCUCCGUGGUUUAAAGUUGCGUUCAGUGGAGACGGGCAUGUUGCUGUGUGCAGCAAAGACCAUGAAGUUGAGCAACCAUUAUAAAGCAAAAGUGUAUUUCUUAACGCGUGCCGAAGGUGGCAGAAAGAAGCCGAUAUUUUCAAAGUAUUCACAACAAAUGUUCAGCGGAACUUGGAAUAUUGCUUGUAGAAUUGAUUUGGAGCCAACAGUGGACAUGAUGAUGCCGGGCGACCAUGGUGAAGUCUACCUGACUCUUCUUGAGGGUAUGGUGAUGACAUCAGGGCAACGGUUCACCAUACGAGAGAACAAUGUCACAGUUGCCACGGGUAUUGUCACAGAGACGUUGCCAUCAAUUGAUGUACCUAAAGGAAAGCUCGGCAAAGUUGUUAAGUUUGAAGAGAAAUAAUUGUU